AUAUAUUUAAGGACCCAUCUUAAACCUACCUCAAACUUAAGUGACCAUUUAUUAAUUUUAAUCAAAUCUACCACUCAAAACCCCCAAACCCAUCUUCUUCCUCCCCCCCUAUUACCACAUCUUACCGGAAAAUCAACCGGCGAUGCCUAAUUUACAUUCAAACCUUCUUGUUUGUCCUUAGGCUUUGUAUACUAGUUGAAGUCCAUCAGUGUUACGGAUAAUGGAGGAUAAAACGCCGAAAGAUUCUGAAUCAAUCAAUUCAAAUCAGAGGGGUAACAGUAGCCAGAAGAGGGAAAGGGGUUUGCAGAUUGAAGGAUACUCUCUAGAAGGGAUAUCAAUAGCAGGUCAUGAGACGUGCAUAAUAAUUCCCUCACUUAACUUAGCCUUUGAUAUUGGCAAGUGUCCUCAGCGUGCCAUCUCCCAGCAAUACCUUUUCAUCUCUCAUGGCCACAUGGACCACAUAGGAGGACUACCUAUGUAUGUUGCCACUCGUUCCCUUUACAGAAUGAAGCCUCCUACUAUUAUUGUACCAAAAGUUAUCAAAGAAAGUGUCGAGAAGCUUUUUGAAGCGCACCGAUCUAUGGAUCACUCAGAAUUGAACCAUACUUUGAUUGGUUUGGAUGUGGGAGAGGAAUUCUACUUGAGGAAGGAUCUUAAAGUUAGAGCAUUUAAGACUUAUCAUGUCAUUCCUAGCCAGGGCUAUAUAGUAUAUUCAAUGAAGCAGAAACUUAAGCAAGAAUAUGUUGGUCUUCCAGGAGAUGAUAUUAAGAAGUUAAAGUUAUCAGGUGUGGAGAUCACGUACACUACGACAGCACCUGAAAUUGCAUUUACAGGAGAUACGAUGUCAGACUUCAUUUAUGAUUCCGAAAAUGUUGAUGUUUUGAAGGCAAAAAUCCUCAUAAUGGAGAGCACUUAUGUGGAGGACAAAACGACAGCUGAUAACGCAAGAGAAUAUGGACAUACUCAUCUUUCUGAGAUUAUCAAUUUCGCAGAAAUGUUUCACAACAAAGCAAUCCUUUUAAUCCACUUUUCAGCCCGCUAUCAGUUGAAUGUUAUUCAGGAGGCUAUUUCUGCAAUACCUCCGCCUUUGGCAGGCAGAGUUUUUGCGCUUACAGAAGGGUUUUGAUGCUGGUCUUGAUCUCGUAUCAGCUCUGGACAUUUCCUUUUUCUUUCCCCUCCUAUAAUUUGGCUGAUUUCUCGAAGAGCAGUAAUGAUGAAGGAAAAUUUUCCCAAGGAAGUUGGCUAGUUAUAGUUUAAAUAAAGCCAGAUCCAGAAUCUCUAUUUGGGGAAAUUAUCUGAGUUGUAUUUAACCUAUAUUAGGUGAAAUUGAAUAUUUUUUUUUCCAGAAUCUCCAUUCGAAUGUUUUUUUUUAGGAUUAUUUUUCCCCCUAAUGAACCAAUAGCACAUUAGGAAAUUGUCUCUUUUACCUUUACAAGGUAGGGGGUAUGCAUCGCCCUCCCCAAACCAUACUGUGGGAUUAAGUGGGUAUGUUGUUGAACCAAUAGAACAUUAGAAAUAUUGUGUAUGUAAAAUAUUAAUCACUUUUUUAAGAAGAAACAAAUUCGGCUCUGUA